AUGACAACCGAAGCUGAAUGUGCUGGUAGCCGGCCAGUAGCCAUGUGGAUAGUCGGCGCUAAUACUACCACGCGCGCCACAGUCAGACGAGCAGACCUGGACUCGCAGUCCAAGAAUUUGAGGGUAGUAGUCGAUAUCAGCGGUUGGCACAGUCGGUCGGUAGAGCGUCUCGCCCACGAACACGGUUGCCCCAUUGACGAGGGCAUCCUCCUCGAUAUCGCGAUCCGUCUGACGAAAGCAUCAGCUGCUGCCAACCCCACACGGUUGUCACGAUACACGAUACCCGACGUCACUCUCUUCACGGAGCAAUGCGAAGCCAUAGCAUCGGGGGUCGGAGGCAGCCCAAUUACUGCUAUCCAGGCGGCUUUCGGUACGGGCAAGACAGUCGUUGGUGCAAUUAUUGCUGCUCGAUGGGAAACAGGAGGCGCCCCCGUUUUGGCAACAGCAAGUACCAACGCGGCUGUGGCCCAGUUCGCUCAGACGAUGUUAUCGCUUUCGGCUUAUAGGGACCUGAACGUGUUACGGUUUGUGGCGGACUCAGCAGCUCAGGAGAAUCUUACACCUACACCAGUUGACCUGAAUAAGAUUCUCAUGUCGCUAGGAGAGACCUACGCCGAGGUCCUUUCCGACGCAGAGAGGAGUGUGUGUGAUCGUUUCCCAGCUGGGCGUAGGGUCUUAGAGGAAUACAUCAAUGACCCCAAACUUGCUCUCCAUAUGACUGAGGAAGAUAAAGAGGAAUACACUGUGGCCGAGCGGCAUUUUUCUCGGACGCUGGAGCAGAUGAUCCUGCUUGUGCUCAAGUUCCGUCCUUCCCACGUGCUAUGUAUAACAACUGCGUCUCUCCUGAACACCAUGGGUACGGAACAUGGUGCCUUCGCCGGAUGUAGUAGUCGAUUUAAGGUUCUCAUAGGUGACAAAGCUUCCCAGAUCCCAGAGCUAGUGCUGGCGGCGUUCGCGAGUCUUCUGCUUAGGGCACAGCAGGUCUAUAUCCGCGACACUCACCAGCUCGAGCCGCUCGCGAAGUGUCAUCGUGAAUCGAAUCCAAUCAUCUACGGAGCUCGCAGCAUCAUGUCGGGUCGCUUACGAGUUUGCGCUUGUCAGCGGCGUAGGGCCGGAAACAGGACGCUACUUCUAGACGCUCUUACGUUUCCGACUCCCACUAUUCCUUUUGUGUUCAUCAACGUAGAUGGCCAAUCCGAACGUGCGGCCAAUAUGUCCUAUUACAACAGUACGAAGGCGGAAGUAUGCCUAGAGCUUUUGUGUCGAUGUCUGACACCAGCCCAGCUUUGGAUCAUAACGUUUUAUCGCGAACAGUAUCGCCGGAAGAGAAAAAGAGGUGGUCCUCCUUUUAACCACUCGAACACACAUGUCGCGCCAGAGUCUGCCGAUUUCCCCGACGAGUAUAGGCGUACGAAAGCAGCCAUAUCCCGAUAUCGCCAAGACCGAGGACCGAUCAGGGACGCGUGGGACGACGACACCAAGGACCGCUUCGCUAGCCUGAGCCUCUCGAGGAUGCUCCCGAUGGGGGCGAAGCCCAGAUCAUCUGUUAGAGUUCUGCGUGAAGUGAUUUCGAAGAACACCAGCUAA